AUCUGAGUUCAAACUACUAAAGUCACUACUUCACAAGGAAAGGAGAAAUCCCAAAGUAUCAUAGAAGCAAAGGAGAGUGAAGCAGGAAUUGAAAUCCUGUGAAACAAUCUAUUCGAGUUUCAGCCAUGGACUCAUUCCCAGUGAUGUGUUUUCUCCUCAUUCUGUUGUUAUCAUCAAUGUUCACCGAAGGAGCGGUUCUGAAAAACGAUCAGGAAGAACUCAUUGACUCUGAAGAUGAACAAUUGAUCUUUAUUGAAUGCGGAUAUAUACAAGGGAUUUUACAUAAUCCUGAGAUGUCAUUCAACCUCAAUGAUUAUGAACAAAAGUUUGAAAACAUAAACAAUAGGGUUUUUUUUUUGUGUGUGAGUAGAACUUAUGUCUGCCUUAAAUAUCCCAAAACUAGGCUGUUACUCCAAGUAAUGGACCCAGUGAGAUUCAUUAACAUGACCCAAUCAAGGGACUUUUGUUAGGUAACAAUAACAAAACUUUACACUUUUAUUCAAAUCUGUUUUGACAAAAAUUGGAAAUUAGUGAGGUCUCAGUUUAUUUCCAAAUAAAAUAGUAGCUCCUAGUGAUCUAAAUACUGUGCCAACUAUUAUAUUAUGCAUGAGGGCUAUAUCCUCUUUACUUAUCCAUACAAACAAACAACGAAUGGAGGGUGUAAAUAAAUUCAAUAUACUAAGAAAAUUACUCACUCCAUGUCAUGGCAGAAAAAAAAUCUAAAUAAUGUAUGAAGUAGCAGGAAGUUUAGAAUUAACAUCACUUCAAUAUUAAUAGCCUACCCUUUCUUAAAUCAGUGAGUCUCAACCUUUCUAAUGCUACAGCCUUUUACUAACAUUCUUCAUGUUGUGGUGACAAAAAGUAUGGACAUUUUCAUUUUUUCUUUAUAACCGUGAAUUUAUCUUGUUUUAAAUUAUAAUGUUAACAUGUAAUAUUCAUGAUAUGAUAUUUAACCCUUGUGAAAUAGUCAUUUUAACCUAAAGGUGUUACUACUGAGAGUUUGAGACCCUUUCCCUUAAGUACACAUGUCACUUUUUGGUAGGAUUCCAAGAGGAAUUAUCUUGAGUCCCUCACUCAUCCUUACUUUAAUCUGUUCAGGCUCAAGUGAAAAUCCACUUUGCUUCACUCUAUGAAACUUUGUGAGUUUACAGUACUAACUAUCACGGGUUUUCUUUUAGUCUUUCAUGUUAUUCUUAGGAGAUUUCCAACAAGUAUGUGAAUAGAUUUUGACUAAACUCACUUUUUGGGCGCUCUUGUUUUCAUCCAUCUCCCUUGAACAUAAUUUUUUUCUCAAUAAAUACUUUUUGGACA